AUGAACCACCUCGACUCGAUGCAAGGAUGGGGAAAAGCACCAUCCGUUGAUGAUUCCCAAAUUGAGCAUCAGGAUGACCGACCGCGGAAAAAGCGCCGCAAGUACAUUGCUAGAGCUUGCAAUGAAUGUAAGCGCCGCAAGAUUAAAUGCAAUGGCGAGACUCCAUGUCAUCGAUGCGGUCGGCAAAAUAUCGAAUGUGUUUACGUGGAGAAUCUUCCGCAAGAUAGUGUCGGUGAACAACAAAACUUUGAUCGACUAUUUGAACAAAUGAGGUCGAUGCAGGAUCAAAUCACCGUAUUAUCUGCAGCUGUUCGUUCUGUGACACAUAGUGACACGCCUCCUUUUCCUGGUGUGCGGAAUAGCGUGGUCGGAUCGGCUGCAGCAACAUAUGGCCCAGUAGUCACUCAAAGAUCGCUGCGACGAAUAUCAACUACUGCCGAAGUACCAUUCCAAGGGCCAACGACUUCGGCGUUUAGUUUUGGUUUGGCCAAGUCUAGCCUACAACAGCGAGGCAUCGUGGAACGCAAUGAAAUAGGCGAUGAAGGUGAUAUGAUGCAGGAACCAUCUCCUCUUGCGUCUCCAUCUGCUCCAAAUUAUGAUUUCGGGGUGCGGCAGGUGGUGGAUCCUCUAUGGGCGCUUCCGAAAGAGGAAGCUUUGCGACUUUGUCAGGUUUAUGAGGAUGAAAUGGGAAUCAUGUAUCCCGUUCUGGAACUCCCAGAAUUAUUGGAUCAGGUGCACCGACUAUAUGGGCUGAUGAACCACGGCAUGAAUUCCGUCAUUCCGGACGAAGGACAAAGUUCCCUGGAGCGGCAUGAUGUUUAUAUCCUUAGAUUGGUUUUUGCGUGUGCUCUCACAGCUGAAGCUAGUGGCCGAAGUGAGCAAGCAAUCGCUCUUUUUGACAGCGUACGCGAAGUUCAAAGUGACUGUGUCUGGGGUCCCCCUGAUAUCAAGAGCAUCAUUUUCUUGACUCUGGUAUCCAUAUUCUAUUUUCAAAUGGAUGAAGAGACACUCGCGUGGCGUACGAUCGGAAUAGUCGAGCGCAUGUGCCUUGAGAGAGGGCUACACAGGCGAGAAACCUUGAAUCAGCCGGCUAUUGAGGCAAUAGGAAAGGAUCGUGUGCUCCGACUAUUUUGGUCCAUCUAUAUUCUUGACAUGCGUUGGAGCUUCGGCACGGGUAUGCCUUUUGCACUUGAAGAUACUGAUAUUGACCCUUGGCUUCCGGAGCCAGAGGAGAAAACCCCUUACCUCCGUGUGAUGAUUCGCUACAGUCGCAUCGCCGCCAAAGUCUGGAAAUUUAUCUCGACAUUCAACAAUACGAACGAGAUAAGAAAAGAGGAAAUGAACUACUUGGACUGGCAAGUUCUGCGUUGGGUCGAGACGAUCCCUGAUUCACUGCGAUUGGAUCAUCCCAGUACUCCAGACUCGGAAGCAGCGACCGAGGGUCCUAGAAGUAUUCGCAGACUACGCGCAAUGCUGUAUUUGCGAGCGAAUCAAUUACGGAUGCUCAUUCAUCGACCAGUACUGCAUACCGCAGGUCAUAUUGUUCGGUACCCCAGCGAAUCUGAAACCGUUGUUCGUAUUGCCAAAGAAACUAUUCGGUUCAUCACCCACUUGAAUGAGACCUCGGAUAUCUAUCAGCUUCAGCAGGUCACGUUCAAUUGGUUUUUGGUAUCGGCUUUGGCGGUGCUGUUCCUGGCUGUCUCGCAAGCCCCAUCCCAGUUCAGUGUAUCUUGCAAAGAGGAAUUCUACUGGGCAUUAGAGCUAGUCAAAGGGUUCUCUACAAAGUCAUACAUCUCGCGAAGAUUAUGGAAAUCAAUCCGCAGUCUUCGUAAACUGGGUCCACAACUUGGUCUUAGCGUGCAGAAGGCUCGGCCAGACGGGCCUGUCGAUGAUGAAGCAUCUAUACCGGAACCCGCAACUGAACAGGAAUCAACCAUUCCAGCCCCUGAUGCAAGUGUCAACAGUCUGACGCCACUUGAUGGAGCACAAAUGACGCAAGAACUUAUGGAGUGGUUUGAAGCGGUCGGGAAUGUAGAAGAGCAGAUUAUGGGAUUAGGCACAGGGCCAAUACAGGAUGAAGGAGCCUGGCAGCAAAUGCCCAAUGGGGCUUACAUGUUUGACUAUGGAGGCGAGCUGUCUACUCUGAUGAGAGACUGCUUUUGA